AUGCCAGGACCUUCCAGCACUGAAGGAGUAUCUGGCAGAGUAAUUGUCUGCGAUAAUGGAACAGGGUUCGUGAAGUGCGGCUUUGCGGGCGACAUCUCUCCGAGAGCAGUCUUUCCUUGUGUUGUUGGACGACCUAUAAAUGGUCUUGCAGACACAGGCCAGAAGGUCUUCGUUGGAAAUGAUUGUACAAAUCGACGGCACGAGCUGGACAUCAGCUAUCCCGUCAGCAACGGGCUUGUGCAGAGCUGGGAGGACAUGCAGCAUGUAUGGGACCACACGUUUGAGGAUGUUCUGCGCAUGGAUUCGCAUGCGAGAGCAGAGAGCCGCAUCCUGCUCACCGAACCCCCUCUCAACCCCAUCUCCAACCGCCACCGCCUGCUGGAGACCAUGUUCGAGACCUACAACUUUGCUGGCGCCCAAGUCCAGAUACAGGCCGUCCUCACACUGUAUGCACAAGGGCUGGUCACAGGAAUGGUGGUGGAUGUUGGGGACGGGGUGACGCACAUAAUUCCGGUGAUUGAGGGGUGCUCCUUCCCGCACCUGACCAAGCGGCUGAACGUGGCCGGCCGCGACGUGACGGCGCGCCUCGUUGACCUGCUGCAGCGCCGCGGCUACGCGCUCAACCGCUCUGCCGACUUUGACACCGUGCGCGACGUCAAGGAGCAGCUCUGCUUCGUUUCCGCCGACUGCAAACGCGACCUCCAGCUGGCGCGGGAGACGACAUGUCAGCAGCGAGCAUACACUCUGCCGGACGGGCGCACCAUCAGGGUUGGGUCUGAGCGCUUCAUGGCGCCGGAGGCCCUCUUCAACCCCUCGCUCCUUGAUGUGGAGUCGCCUGGCAUUGCUGAGCAGGUGUUCCAGUGCAUCCAGGAGAUGGAUGUGGACAAUCGGGCAUCUCUGUAUCAGCACAUUGUCCUCAGUGGAGGCUCUACUAUGUUGCCCGGCUUGACCUCACGCUUGGAUAGGGACAUCAAGGCACUGUAUCUGCAGCGUGUGCUGAAGGGGGACAAGGAAGGCCUGCGGAAUUUCAAGCUGAAGAUUGACAACCCGCCCUUGCGGGAGCACAUAGUGUUUUCUGGCGGUUCUGUGUUGGCCGACAUCAUGCAGUCCCAGGACAGCUUCUGGGUGAGCAGGCAAGAGUGGCAGGAAGAUCCCCAUCGGGCAAUGAAGAAGUGUGUGCGAUUGUGA